ACAAGGCUGUUGCUAAGUCCGUGGCGAAGAAAAAGCGUCUGUGGCUAGGCCAGAGUGAGGGGAGCCCGGUGUAGGGACCGGUCCCGGGCUCCGGUAAGAGCCUGUGCGGUCCCUGGUCUGGUCGUCCCCAGCCGCAAGGAUGCUUCUGGGAUUUCAGAGGGGCCGCAAGAGCCAGUUUGUAUCAUUUUUUAUAGAAGCAUAUCGUCCAUGGCCUCCUCCCUGCAGCCAGCAUCGCGCCGAAGCCAGCUGUGCCCCGCACACCUCCUCCUCGCAGCCCUAACCCCUCUCCAGAGAGACCAAGGUGAGUUUCAGAUCUGCUCUGGCUGCAGCCAUCCUGGCAACAACACUGACUGGGCGGACCGUUGCCAUUCCUCAGCCUCGCCAGAGAUCCCGGUCUGAGAGUGAUGCAACGUUCAUUGGAAGGGACAGCUCCAUCGAGCCCUAUGCCACCACCUCAGAGCUGAGGCUGCGACCAGCUUGGCAGAGUGAGAUGGGAAAGGGGACAUCUUUCCCAUCCUUUGAGACGUUGGGGUACGGGGAGGAAGAGGACACUGACACGCACCUGUCAUCCAGCUACAAGGAGUCGGGGGACGUCAGCGCUCAGAGAGACGCGAGAGGACACAGUGAUGCCGUGUACGCUGUGCCACACAGAAAGCAGGUUCCCUUGUCACAUGGGGUGGACAGUGAAGAAGAUGAAAAUAUUUCUGAGCAAGAUGGGUUUCUAGACUCACCUCUUACACCACAGCGCACACGUGAAAAAGCAGAUGGCAAACAUCCUGUUCUGGAUUUAAAGGAUGAAAAACUACCGUUACGUGAAAAGCCUCCACCAUCCCCAGAUAUAACUGGUAGAACACGUCAAAGAUGUCUAGAAAUAACCAAAGAAAAGUUUGAGGAAUUAAAAGAGGAAAAUUUGCGUCUAAACAAUACAAAUCAAACCCUUACCCUUGAACUUAAUGUAAUGAAACAAGCAAUGAAAGAGCUACAAUUAAAACUUAAGAAAGUGGAAAAAGAAAACGGAAGACUCAAAGAGGCUGAGAAAGCACCCUCUCAGGAAGAAGUGGCUGUGCCCGAGUUACUUUAUCUUAGAAAACAAGCUCAAGAACUGGUGGAUGAAAAUGAUGGGUUGAAAAUGACUGUCCAUCGUUUGAAUGUAGAACUGAGUAGAUAUCAAACAAAAUUUAGGCAUUUGUCCAAGGAAGAGAGUUUAAACAUUGACGGCCUCCCAUUAAAGGGCCCUAUACCACCCUGGUUGUUGGAUAUAAAGUACCUGUCGCCAUUGUUGCUGGCUUAUGAAGACAGGAUGAAGGAGAAGGAUGAACUCAAUGCCACCCUCGAGGAGGAAAUGAGGAUGUUUAGGAUACGGGUCCAAGAAGUGGUGAAAGAAAAUGAAGAAUUGCACCAAGAGUUAAAUAAGAGUAGUCCUGUUACGGAUAAGGAAUGGCAAGUGCUUCAGACUCAAGCAGAACUGGUAUUAGAGGAAAACAAGUUGUUGAUAGAGCAGCUGGAGAUUCAGCAGAAGAAAGCCAAGGACGCCCAACAGGAGCAUCUCCAGGAAGUUUCCAAACUGACUAAACAACUUAUGUUUCUGGAGACUAAAGCACAGACCCAGGAAAAGGAGCUCACCGAAAGCAAGGAGCAGCUGAAAAUUUCACACAACAGAUGCCAAGAGUUGAGAACACACUUGGACAGCAAAAUCGCAAUGAAAGUUCAUGAUUCAAUUGUGAAUGAAUUAAAAAGCCAGCUGCAGAAGGAAGAAGAGAAAGGAAGUUCUGAGCUGGAAGAGUUGAUGGAAAAGUUGACAGUCCUGCAAGUACAGAAAAAGAGCCUGCUUUUAGAGAAGAACAAUUUGACAGUUAAAAACAAAGCCCUGGAAGCUGAACUUGAAAUGGCACAGAAAAUAAAUAGGAGAUCUCAGAAGAAAAUUGACACCCUCAAAAAGCAGGUGGAAAAAGCCAUGCAGAAUGAGAUGUCUGCUCACCAAUAUUUGGCCAGUCUUGUCGGACUGGCAGAGAAUAUGACUCAAGAACGUGACGGUCUCAUGUGUUUGGCUAAAUGUUUAGAAAGUGAGAAACAUGGAGUUCUCAACAAAAUAAUACAAGGCAAUAUUCGCUUGGGAAAAUUAGAGGAAAAAGUCAAGAGCUACAAGAAGCAGGCAGCACUGAAGCUGGGUGACAUCAAUCACCGUCUGAUGGAGCAGCAGGAAGACUUUGCUGGCAAGACAGCUCAGUACCAGCGGGAGAUGAGGCACCUCCACCGGAUGCUGCAGGACAAGCAGGAGGUCCUGGAUGAGGCGUUGCAGCAGAAAAGAGAAAUGGAAGGGGAGCUUGAAGUUGUUUGGGAGUCUACCUCCAAGGAAAACCGAAGAAUCCGAGAACUUCUUCAGGCCACGCUGGAGAGGACAGGCAGGUUGGACAACCCCAGAGCGGGCAAGGACCCCUGCCUCGAUGGCAUCUCUCAGGGAGACAUGCUGGAUGGCUGCAGCUUCAGCUGCUAUGACCUGAAGCCUCCUCCAAACCCCCACCAGAGUCUGCGCGAGCCCCUGGGCUAGGCUCUCAUCCAUGAGAAAGGUCUGCCUCACACAGGAAAGAGGAGGGCAGCUCCUACUGCCCAAGAUAAGAGUCAGCUGGGUGGAAAGUGGGACGCAAAAGGCCACCUAGCGCUGCUGUAUUUCACACUGCAGAGCCAAGGAAGAAAUAAACUCACAGAAAUUCAAUCAGUUUUUACAUUUUUGCUUUGUCUUAAAUAUGCUGCUGACAUAUUUUCUAGCUGACACUCAUCCUCUGGCUCGUUGCCACUGAAGUGGGCCUGUGAGACCCAUUUCUCAGUUUUAACAGUGACUUGAUCAGCUGUCCUGUCUCUAGGCUCAUAGCUCUGCCACUGGGAAAUGCCUGGAGGGAACAGAUGGUGGGACUGCUCAUGUUCUGUGUUAGAUAAGUCAGUUUAAUCAGAUGAACCAGUUAAUCAAAGCAGCAGUGAUGGUAAUUGUGCAUUGGCUCUGAAUUUUCCUGUUUAGUACUCAUUUUCCAGUGCUAAAACCUGGUCUAUACAAAACCUAUUCUGCCCUCACUCUCAGUCCUUCUGUAUCCUCCUGGGAAGGUAAUUUAUCCUGGGACCGCAUAGCACCCCCUCCUCGUCCUCUGAGAGGCCUGACUUUGGCACCAGCCAGGGUUCCUGCCACACUGGUACCACCAAGAAGGAUGCCAGGGGCGGUGGCUCCACCCUACUCGGACCAGUUAUCCCAGCCUCUCAGGACCUUGCAAUGGGACUCCAUGGCAGUAAUGCCAUCUCUCUGUGCCAGGCAUGCUGGUGAGCAAUGGGGCAUCAGACCCCAAGGGGCCCUAAAUAAGGAUGGAAGGGGUGGAAUCCUGGAACACAGCCUUUUACAGGUAGCCAAGUCCUGCAUCUUUUCAGAUGUGUAAAUCAACCCCAACUUUGGUCCUUGGUGAUAUAUAAAAGUUACAUCUGUGAUCUUUGAUUGCUGAAUGAAAAUUGAGAUGGAAAAAUCAUAGUUCUUUUAUAGUUUAAUUAGGUUAUUAACAGUUGCACUGUUCUCACUUAAUGUCAUUAUACAAGGGAUAGAAAGACUCACCAGGAGUUAAGACUGUGUAUGAUCUCCAUGGGAGAUGGCCUAGGAGAUAACUUAUAUUAUUUCAGAGGAAUUUAUACCAACUGUCCACCAACCCGAGACAGGCCAAAAGGUGGCAGCAACCCAGAGUGCCUCAUGCCUCCUGGAUCCAUGCUUGGGGUACUUGUGUCAGGGGAAGCACUGUUGUUGUUGUCGUUGUUGUUAGCUGCCUUCAUGUUGGCUCCAACUCAUGGCAACCUGAUAUACAACAGAAGGAGACGUCACCCCCACAAUCACCGGCGUGUUCAAGUCCCCACCAUUGUAGCUGUCAUGCCAGUACACCUCACCAAGGUCCCUGUCACCCUCGCGGGCCUGCUACAUCACCAAACAUGAUCUCCUCAUCCAGCGGUUGAGCCCUCCUGAUGAUGUGUCCAAGGCAAGCAGGUCAGAAAAUGUUCUGUUUUGAUCUGUAGGCUUUUCAUUGGCUAAUUUUUGAACGUAGAUCACCAGGCCUUUCUUCCUAGUCUGUCACAGUCUGGAAGCUCCACUGAAACGUGUCUACCAUGGGUGACCAUGCUGGUAUUUGAAAUACCAGUUGAAAUACCAUUAGCAUAGCUUCCAGUAUCACAGCCACCACAACACGACAAAUGGACAGACGGAUGGUAGCUUUAUAACUCAGAGAAUCACUUUUGUCAUCCCUGUCUUUUUCCCGCUUUUUAUGAGAACACUUUAUUCCCUUUUGAGAAGUGAACAUUUUCACUUUUCUGUUCUAAAACCAUUACAUGUUACAACUGUGCUUUGCAAGCUCUGUAACCCCUGGCCUGCGUCAUGCCCAGGGCAAGGGUGGGGGUCAUGAAGCACCUGGUCUUCAUGUCCAAGUGAAGAUGCACCAGCCACCAACCCCCUGCAGGCUGCUGUAGGGCUUGGGCAGAUGAGCUCACAGCCCAGAAUGCUCAGAAUGCAGAGAAAGCCAAGGCCGCUGAGAGGCCCAGGGAACUCGGACAGAAGCAGUUGGGAUGGCUUCAUGGGGCAGCUGGUAUGUGCUGGGCCUUGCAGAAUGGACAGUGUUUCAGGAGCUGGAGAAGGUCAGUGAGGGAUGCCGUGAACAGAGGGGAGGACUCAGGAACAGCAGAUGGGUUGUUUGCCUGGAAGUUGAGUAGGAAAGACGAUCAGACUGGACCAAGGAGAGAGUGGAUUGCUGGGAGGCGGUAAGUUCCACUUCCUCCUGCAGGACAUGGUUUUGUUCUUAUUUGGUCCUGGUGAGGAUUUGUAUGGCACUGGGAAUUCCUAAUGGGGUUGAGAGUAACUAGUCACACAGCUAUGAAGCGUGACCUAGGAACGCAAGUCAGCCGCACUGGCUUUGGCAUUAUUUAAAAGCAGCCAUGGGGAAGUAAGGACCGAGUGAAGAGAGUGGGCUGGGGCACACACGUCAUCGGGGUGCGACUUGGGCGUGAGACCAGGUGAGAAGGGUGGUGGGGUCAGAAGUGACACCUUAGCCCCGCAACCUCUGAGAAGAAUGGGAGAGACCCCAGCCUUCUCUGACACCUUCAUCUGUGUAGAGCAGUGAGCAGUGGGUUAUUUAACUCUAAGGAGAGAGGGAAGAAUUCUUCAUUUUAUUGAUUUCUAUAUAGGGUAGCUAUGAGUUGUAAUCAACAGCAAUGGGUUGUUUUUUUUGUUUUUUUAAUUGUAGGUUUAGGUCCCUGGAUGGCGCAGUUUGCACUUUACUAUGUAACCUAAAAGUUGGCAGUUUGAACCUACCUAGCGGCAUCAUGGAAGAAGAGCCUGGCAGUCUGUUUGCGUAAAGAUUACAGCCAAGAAAACCCUAUGGAGCUGUUCUACUCUGUAACACAUGGGGUUACCAUGCAUCAGAAUUGACUCCACGGCAACUGGUUUGGGUUCUUUUUUUAUUGUAAGUUCGCAGCCCUUGAGUGGUGCAAAUGGCUAACACACGGCUGCUAAUGGAAAGGAUAGAGGUUCAAGUCCACCCAGAGGCUCCUCGGAAGAAAGGCCUGGCUCUCUACUGCUGAAAAUCAGCUAAUGAAAACCAUGUGGAUCACAACGGUCUGAUCCACAGAACCAGGGACUGUUUUGUUCUUUUGUGCAUGAGGUCACCAUGAAUCUGGGGCCAACGGCAGCUAACAACAACAAUAUUGUAGGCUUAUUUAACAAAUAUAUAUUGGGUGCUUAUCUAUCUGCACUGUUCUAGGUGUUGAGAAUCACAGCAGUGACCAAGGCAGACCUAACUACAGACCAUCUAGGUGCUAUGAAGGAAACAGUGCUGGAUAGGACUAAAGAACUGCAAAUUUUGUGGAGAAAACAGGGUACUUACACAGUUAUUGGAAAACAUUUAUGUGUAUUGGGACAACUUGAAUACGUGAAUCUACCUUUUUAAUGAUAAAUUUUAUGAAAUAUAAAUAUGGAUCAAGUAUUUCUAAUGAAAGUUGAGAUGUGCUGUAAGUAUAAAAUAUAUACCAGAUUUCAAAGACUUAGUAUGAAAAAUGACUUUUAUAUUGCUUAUAUGUUGAUGUGAUAACAUUUUAUACAUAUUGGGUUAAAUAAAAUAUAU